ACCAGUCCCGACGGGGGAGGGACGCGCAGCAGAUCGGGGUAGUGGUGUGGCACCGACGCCGACAUCGAGGUUGGGGUAGACGCACCGCAGGAGAGGGGCGCCAUUAUAUUUGCGCAGGGCUGUCCAAUAGGGCGCAGUAUCGUCCCGACCGCCGUCGCGUGCACAUGUCGUUGUUGUUGUGUCUGGGCUCGUAAAAGCCGCGUAAAACGCUGUCGUUGCUAUCCUCGUCCUCGUCGUCGUCGUCGACGCCGUCGUCGUCGUCACCGCCGCCACCCCUGAAGUUUUCGCGACGCGGUGAUCUCCACGCGUCUUCGUCCUCUCUCUUUCUCUCUCUCUCUGUCUUUCUCUCUUUCUCUCCACUCUCUCUUCCGCAACCCGCCUUCGUCCCUCUGUCGCUCUCUUCCCUCCCCCGUUUCUCCGCCCGUCUGCCUCCGCACCCCACGUUCUCUUGAUCCCUCCGCGUUGUAGUCGCGCGCAAUAGUCAACAAACCAACGGGGAGUCCGUCUGUCCGCCUACGCACGAGACGUGGAAAGUGUGAGCUGCGACAAAAAGCCGACCACCGAGGAGCUAAUUAACGGACGACUGUGUGCGCCCCCCGCCCCGCGCGACAGACCGGUCCAGGUAGAGCCUGCGAGUGAGGAUUUGACCAGCAGGCGGCCGUCGAUGGGCUCGACCGCGGGAUUCAGGACGUCGCGGUCGCCGCGCGGCUCUACUUGAGGAUCGCCAGCGCGACAACGGGGACAGAGGCCGAGCGGCGGCAAGGAAGAAGGGCGUGAAAGUGGCUGCCAUAGGCUACGUAUCGAUGGAACCGUCCUGAUGCAGGCCGCGAAACUGCGCGGGGAUUACCCGACCUGGUCGUCGGGCUAAUUCCACCGGCGGGCCUACGGCGAUUCCACGGAAGAUCUCUCGUACCUGUCGACGGCGACAGACCCAGCCACUUCCACAUCCUCCACCCCACGUGGCCGCACCAUCACCUGAUAAGAGCUGGAGAAGGGGCCGGAGCCGCAGCCGCCUCGGAGCUCUGAGGAGCUGGAGGAUCUGCACAAGCUGCUGCACUUCCCCGAGGAGGUGGCGCUCAGGUUGACGGAGAGCGAGUACCAGCUGUUCUACCAGGUACCACCGCACGAGUACCCAAAGCACGUGGCGCAGGAUCAGGCCACGUUGCAGAAAUUAUCUGCCAGGCGAGCCCCGAGCUGCAGCAACCCCAGCACCGCCAACAGCUCGACCCAGACCGAGGACGAAUCCUCUUGGCCUGUCGGCACGGUGUUCUUGGACGUGCAGACCCUCGUCGAUCGUUUUAAUGAGGUGAGCUCAUGGGUCACCAACGCGGUCACCAACGAUACCACCACGAUAGAGGAACGGCAGGCGGUGCUAUCCUGUCUUCUACGCGUCGCGCAAACCUGUUGGAACACCGGGAACUUUAAUUCAACCAUGGAGAUAAUCGCCGGUCUCAAGUCCAACAAGGUGAACCCGUUUUGGAACAUCGUGAGAGAGCCCAUACUUCUGGAUAAUCUCUCCAAAGACCUCCUGUCUUGCGAAUAUGAGCUUGCGCUUGCUCGCGCCCUCGCAAUGCCGGAAUGUCCGGUGGUGCCGUUCUUCGGGGCCUUCCUGCGCGAGAUACGAAGCCUUAUCCUGCACGAAACGGAGCCUCAGCCCGAGGAAGAUCUCGAGCCGCCAUGUGGUAGCGUUAAGGAGAGCGAACCUCUUGAACACGUGCCUUCGUCUGCGCCGACCGCGAGGAUCACCAUCGAGAGCAACACAGAGACGCCGUUGGAAUGGAGUUCGAGAAGCAGCUCCUUAAACAAAUCGGAGAACCCCGUCGUGCACGACACAAAUUCCAUUCUCGACAAAAUCGCACUCUUCCACAAGCAUCGACAUGCCCGCGGCAGAGACGCGACUACCGGGUCCCUUCAUUGUACUCUCAGCGUCCACACCACCGCGAUCGAGCAAACCUACAUGGCGGAAGAAUGCGACGAGAACGACUAUCAUUUCGACUUGGACUCCUACAAGCCUGUGCGGCCGAUCAAGUACGAUCAUGCAGUCACUCUGUUCCCUGUCGCCGCGCCACACACGGGCAUGGAUCUUCACCUACUGCAGAUGCUGCAUCACGGCACGACUCUGGUGCACUGGGACUACGAGGGCGGCACCUCGAGAACGGCGUUGGUGUUCGCUCGCGUCGACCGCGCCUGCGGCACCUUCAUAUGGGAGAAGCCAACCUGGAGUCCCCUGAAGACGGCGCAGAUCGGCGGCGCCGCUGUCACGGAAUUUUCGCUGAGCGUGAAACCGGAGAGCAUGAUACCAGCGGGCCUAAUCAGCAGGUAUACGCAACAGCAGGCUGACUGCGCCUCCGUCACCUUGGAGGAGGGAUACCUGGACCUGGGGUCGGUGAAGGAGAUAAUGAUUGGCUGCUGCGAGCGCGACCGAGAGGCCGAUCUCAGGAGCAUCUGCAAGAGAUACGGCCUACCUGGCUCCGACUCCUGUAUCGGCCUCAUGUAUGGAUCCAGCCUUCCGGACAAUCGACUGAUCUUCCUACUUUGCCCGCCCGCCCUUAGCAAAAUAUGGUAUAUGGGACUGUGUUGGAUAUUGCGAGGCCUCAAACGACAGCAACAGCUAACGGAUCGUAGAUCGCGCUGGCUGAAGGACAAAUAUCUUCAGCUGUACUUCGAGGAGAACGGCUCGAGCCCGAUCACGGCCGACGCUAUACGCGUGUUCGGCGGUCGCGACUGGUCGGCCCUGACGGAAAGCGCCGGCACGUUGUCGCCGACGAGCAGCAGCACCUUGCGCAGACGGAACGUCAAAGGCAAAAAGACCAAGUCGAUCGGCAACAUUCACAUUUUGGCCAAGGACCUGAGUCAAAAGCAGUACGACUCCUCGGACGGUCUAGCCAGUCUUCGUCACAUCGCCGGUAGCCGAGAAUCCCUCACGAGGAUCAUACCAGUGUCACCGCGAGCGAGCAGAGACCGAAUCCCACCCCGUAGCCCGCCCGGUUCGGCUGAACGUAUCAUCUCUUCCAAUCUGCCUUACUCCACUUUUCAAAGUCUGUUAUGUGUUGCCAGAGAGAAGGACAAGAACGGAGCGGGUGGCAUGCCGGGAGUGUCGGAGCCGCCUUGGCAGGUGAAAGCGCAACACACCUCGAUCAUGUACGAGACACAAUUGAGUUUUGUGGAGUUUGUGGCGCUUUUCCGCUCGUUCAGCUUGCGAGCCCGGAAAGACCUGAAGGAGCUGUUCGGUCAGCUGGCGAUCACGUGUCGUAGCCAGAGCGACGGCUCAUUGAGAGACUUCAGCAUGCGACCAGCCGUGCUGAGGCAGACCAGCGACGCCACUCCGCAGAGAAUCGGCUUGUUGACGAGGAAUAACUCCAUCGACUGCAACGAGUACAAGACGAACGUGAAUCUGCAGAAGAAGCAGAUCUUCGACGCUGUCGCGGCAUCGAGCAUAGUCGAUAAUUGCUCCGGCGUGGAGACGUCGAAAUCCCAAGUGAUCACCUUGGCGACGUUCACGAAAUUCCUCGAGUCCCGGCAGCAGGAGAAACUCAGCGACGAGAACAUCAAGGCGCUGAUCAAGAGGCACGAACCGGACCCGGCGCUUCGCACACAGUGGUGUUUGUCUUUCGAGGGUUUUGCGCGGUAUAUGAUGGACAAGGACAAUUAUGCCUUCCCGAACGAGUACGCGACACCAUUCGAGACUGAGAUGCAGCAGCCGCUGUCGCAAUAUUACAUCGCCAGCUCGCACAACACUUAUUUGACCGGGCAUCAGCUCAAAGGGGAAUCCUCGGUGCAACUGUAUUCACAGGUACUCUUAACCGGAUGCCGCUGCGUGGAGCUCGAUUGUUGGGACGGUGACGACGGAUCCCCGCUGAUCUAUCACGGCCACACAUUCACCACCAAGAUACCGUUCCGAUCGGUCGUGGAAGCGAUCGAUCGAAGCGCGUUCGUCAGUUCCCCCUAUCCCGUGAUCCUUUCCAUCGAGAAUCACUGCUCGCCGAGCCAGCAGGCACGCAUGGCUCAAAUAUUUCAGUCCGUUUUUGGCGAGAAAUUGGUGACGAAAUUCCUCUUCGAGACCGACUUCGGCGACGACCCGCAGCUGCCGUCGCCGUCGCAGCUCUGUUACCGGAUCUUGAUCAAGAACAAGAAACUGGUGGUCGACCCUACCGGACCGCUUUCGCACGUGUCCCUCAGCCACCGCGGCAAGAUGCUGAUGUCGGAUCGCGCGUCCUCGAUGAAGCAAAUGCGGACCGACGUGAGCAGCACGUCGGUCGUCGAGUACUUCAGCGAGGACGAGGACGACGAAGAAGACGACGACGAGGACGACAAUAUCGACGACAACUCGAUCUCGAGCUACGAGAGGUACCUGGGCGGCAGCCAAGCGCUGCAUGGCCGAUUAAAAUCAGAUCCGGCGGUGGAUGACAAAUCGCAGAAGCAAAGCAGCCAGAUAGCCAAAGAACUGUCGGACCUGGUGAUCUAUCUGCAGGCGAUUAAAUUCCGCGGAUUGAACACAGCACCCGGCACAGCGGCGCCGGGGAAAACGCGCCACCAGCCGCACACGGGCCCGGUUCAGAGGCACAGCAUCGCCGGCAUAGGGUCCAGCAGCAUAGCCUCCUCCUCGGGAUCGCCGCAGUCGCUCUCGACGUCCGCCUCGCUCGCGAGCGGCGGCAGCAAUAUAGAAAAUCUCUUCAGAUCUACCAGAGGAGUGCCGGUCUGCUUCCAAUGUUCGUCUCUGAACGAGAGCACGGCCAAGAAGAUUUGCAGGAAGCAGCCGCUAGGAGUCGUCGCCCAUUCAGAGACCCAGCUGAUCCGAACGUACCCCGCAGGAAUGCGUAUCGAUUCUACAAAUUUCAACCCCGUAAUAUUCUGGGCAUUCGGGAUUCAAAUGGUCGCGUUGAAUUAUCAGACCGACGACGCGGGCUUGCACCUGAACACGGCCAUGUUCGAGCAAAAUGGUCAAUGCGGAUACGUCAGGAAACCUUCGGUGAUGUGGGAUAAAGGGCACAUGAUGUACAGGCGGUUCAACCCAUGGGACAAGGAGUUCGACGGGCUGCACUCGGCACACUUGAGUCUGUCAAUAGUCUCGGGACAAUAUGUCUCGUCGACCAACUUCCUCACCAGUACAUACGUCGAGGUCGAGCUGGUCGGUAUACCGAUCGACUGCGCGAAGCACAAAACGAAGGUGAUCCAAAACAACGCGGUGAAUCCGAUCUGGAACGAGAAAUUCUGCUUCCAAGUGAUGUUCAAGGACCUCGCCUUCCUGCGCUUCGGCGUGGUCGAGGCGAGCUCGCACCACCUGAUCGCGCAGCGCGUGAUACCGCUCAAGUGUCUGCGACCUGGCUACCGACACGUGCGACUGCGCUCCUGCAAGAACAAGCCACUGGCCCUAUCCACGCUGUUCAUCUACUCGCGAAUGGAGGAAGAGAGCCUGGACUACAACACCUGCUGCCGCGACCACAAGGAGUCGUCCAAGCGUCUCUCCUCGGGCAAAGAGCCCGAGAAACUCAGCACUGUCGACCCCGGCCUGGGCGGUGUCACUCUCAAGAGGCGAAUGUUCUUCUUGAUGGUCUACCAUGUGAUACCGGAGGAACCCUACACCAUCCUCAAGGUAACUCAAGAGAGCACCACGCAGGAAGUGAUGCUGCAAGCUUUGCAGAAGGCAGGGAUAUCGCCCGACCACGUGGACGAGUACAUCUUGGUGGAAGAAGUGUUUCGCGGCUGGGAGAAAAGGGACAAGGAAGAGCUACCGACCCAACGCGUGCUCGAUCCUACGGAACAUCCACUUCAGGCGCAAGCUUUGUGGAAAGGCCAAGGUCGUUUUCUUCUGAAACGAGUCGGGGACGAUCCGAGCAGCAGAGCGUGGUUGGCCUCCAUCAGAAGUACAGCCGGCCAUUCGAAGCUCAACGACUCAAACUCGAGGGACCAAUCCACUCACAUAUGGGACGAGGCGGCCACCUUCCUCGUCUGCAUCUACAACGUAUCACCCGAGAUCCCUUACGCGAUUCUACGCGUGCCGGUGAGCAGCUCAGCGCAAGAUGUGCUGGCGCAAGCUCUGGUGAAGGCUCGGAGAAUGGAGGACCCGAUGAAGUUCGCCCUGGUCGAGGAACUGGAAUGGGGUGGCGCGGCCGCCGUGGGCAGCGGGAACCGUCAACUGAGGGUGUUGCGCGACGACGAGAACGUCUACAGCACGCAGGCGUUCUGGAAGACACUCGGCAGGUUCAUCCUGAGGGAACGGGAGCAAGCCAUCCCGAGGAUGCGACACCUCCUGCCCGCGACCCUCGACAGACUCAGCAAGGGAUUCUCCGUGGGCAGAUCGGUGUCGCUGCCGGGAUCCAGCAAGGAGAAGGUGCCGGUCUCGGGAGUACUGUCCGACCCGACCUCGAGAGGUUUGAGAUAUCGACUGCCGGGACGAUGGCAGAUGUCGGGACGCAGGCAUCGCGAGGUCCACUCCGACGGCGAGGACACUCGCGAGUCCGACAUCCUGAAUGCCGCUCUUCACCUGAAGAAAGUGUCAUUAAGGAAACUGACAGUUUGGAAGUCAUAGUGGCAGUCAAGGGCGACGUCGAUAUCAUCGAUCUUCGCCGCUCGGAGAAGCCCAUUGUAAGCCAAUUGUAGUCCAGUUAAAGUCGGUCAAAAUCUAGUCCUGAUCUAGUCCUGAUCUUGCGAGAACGAUCCUAUGUCGACUAUCCUGUCGAGCUGCGCUAUGCGGAAGGAAAAGGGCUUGGACCAGGGAAAUCGAGAGAUAUCAUGCGCCGCGUGGUCUCGCGUCGGUCGCCAGAUGUUCGAAGGAGAGAGAAAAAACAAGUUACACGAGUAACUCGGUAAGUCUUGCAGAAGAAGAUGAAAACUCGAGACUGACACGAUUGACACAGUCCUAGUACGAUUGCCAAAGAAACCCUAGACCGAGCGCUUUUCUUAUCAUCGCGGCCGUGCGGCGACAUUGAUGCGAGACAUAGCAGACGAGUGGUUUCUUCAGGGAACAAAGAGAUUCUUCGACCCUUACGAUUACGAUCAGCCGCGCGCGAUUCUCGAACGAAACGUCAGGUUCGAGCGCGACGACCAAAGUAGACCCAACGUCAGCGGGCUAGAAGCUUCCCGGAGGAAAGAUGGGAAGGAGGACACCGCGCAUAUGAAGACCACCAACAACGCUAAGUCGCGCCGUCAUUUUGAGGAAUUUUUUAAAAGUUAAAAUAUGUGGCAUGCCUGUCGUAGCAGCAGCUGCUAACGAUCGCACAAUCAUCAUUAAGUGGCAAAAAGCGACGAUUCUUCAAUCCCCUUAAGUUUCUCAAGAACCGACACGACCGUCAUGUCGCGCGUCAAACCCCCACGUUACCCCACGUAAUACA